CUAAAUUCUUUAUCAAUUUCGGACGAAGCAAUCAGCAUUGAAUACGGAAAUGUCACAGUUUAUGAAAGGAAUAAUCACAGGCACAUUCACAACACUUGCAGCAAUUGGCUCUUAUAGAAUUUUAUUUGAAAAUGAUAACCAAGAAAGUUUAUCAUCACAGACCAGGGCAAGUGAGACUAUUCUCAAGUAUGGCAUACCAGAUCGCGGGCCAGAUAUAAGGGUUUAUGAUAAUCACAUCUUAUCAUAUGAUCAGGCCAAGAAAACACCUGUUUGGGUUGCUGAGUAUAUCACCAAGAGAAAUAUCAAUGGACCAGCAGACAGAAGAAAAAUCAAAUUUAAAUCUGAUCCAAAUGUUCAAACUGAGUUCAGUGCUGAAAACUCUGAUUACCUAGGAAGUGGAUGGUCUAGGGGUCAUAUGGCCCCAGCUGGGGAUAAUAAACACAGUCAGGAAGCAAUGAAGCAGUCAUUUUAUUUAUCAAAUGUUUUACCUCAAAACUUGGAAAAUAAUGGAGGAUUCUGGAAUAGACUUGAAAUGUACUGCAGGGAUCUAACAAAGAAAUAUAAGGGUGUCAGAAUAUUCAGUGGGCCUCUAGUUUUACCAACCACAGAUGAAGAUGGAUUGCAUUAUGUAAAAUAUCCAGUUAUUGGUAAGAAUGAAGUUUCAGUGCCAACACAUUUGUAUAAAGUGAUAAUUAUAGAAAAUGAGAAAUCAGAACCAUUAGGACUUGGUGCUUUUGUUGUUCCAAAUCAGCCAAUAGGGUUUGAGCAUAGCUUGAAAGAUUUCCAAGUUGAUUUGAAAAAACUUGAAAGGUCUUCUGGAAUAAUAUUCACACCAAAACUUGACACUGUGAAAAUCCCUGAUUUAUGUCAGAUAGAUUCAUGUGAUUUGAUGAAAAGAGACAAAUUUGAAUUGUAUAUGAUUGGUAGAAAAAUGCAAGGAGCUAGAAGCCUAAAAUAUUUAGAGAAAAUUUGGUUAGAAAUUGAAACCAAAAACUUAACUCCUGAUAGCUAUUUGAUAAAUCUUUACAAUAACAGAAAACUAGAAUUAACAUAUGAUGAAAAAGUUGUAAGAAAUAAAGGUUAAAAAAG